AUGGAGGAAAUUCGCCGCAGAAUUGCCAGUGAUCCCAGUCUAUAUCCAGAGAUAGCAGUGUUAGAGACGACGAAGCCCCCUACGAAGCCUCACCGUCCUCCACCCGCAAAUCUGGGGCUCAAUAGUCGAAUUAUCGUUCUGUCAGACUCUGAAGACGAAGUUGAAGCAGUCGCCCAACCGCUGCGGUCCCAGCCCUCGAAUGGUCAACGUGUUCCAAGUACAAGUAAACACACCACGCCCACCAUCACUCAACAAGUCGACACUCUCAAAGCGCAGAAUGUCGGAGACACAUACCCCUCUGCAGGGUCUCUUCUAGGCUCUGGUGGCGAGAAGAUCGACAUUCCUACGUUCAACGACUACGAAGGGCAGCGAUUCAGCAGCGAGGAGUCGCAGAAGGCGCUACGCGAUCUCGUUCAGGGCACGUAUGCACACAAUGAUCUUGAUGUGUCACAAGAGGACGCGGCGGUAGAAGGCUUGCGGUCGGAACUGUUGCCUCACCAAGUAGUGGGUCGAAAGUGGAUGGCAGAUCGCGAGUCCGGCAAAAAAACUGGCGGUAUUUUGGCCGACGAUAUGGGUCUUGGUAAAACGAUUCAAGCCAUCACGCGAAUUGUGGAGGGUCGGGCUACGAAGAAGGAUAAGAAGGAAGGCUGGUCCGCAAGUACUCUUGUUGUUUGUCCCGUGGCUGUGGUCUCUCAAUGGGCCCAGGAAGUCGAGAAGUUUGCUAUCGGACUGAAGGUCAUCGAACAUCACGGUCCGAAUCGCACGCAAAAUCCGGCUGAUCUCGAGCGCGCUCACGUGGUGAUCACAUCGUAUCCCACCGUGGCUUCGGAAUACGCGGCUCACGGCGGUGAUGCCAAGGACGAGGGCGAUUCGACCAAGUCGAAGAAGAAGAAGAGGCAGGAUAACAAUUCUGACAACUCGGACGACUCCGUUGGAAAGACGUUGAAGAAGACGAGACAGAAGGCGUCAAGGAAGAAGCAGAAGGCUGCUCUAUUCGGUGUCAAUUGGUUUCGCAUCAUUCUUGACGAGGCGCAUAAUAUCAAGAAUCGAAAGACGAAGGCUGCUGAGGCGUGUUACGCUCUUGAAGGCAGAUAUCGGUGGUGUCUCACCGGAACUCCUUUGCAAAAUGGUGUUGAGGAGCUGUAUUCUCUUAUCAAGUUCCUGCGUAUACGCCCUCUCAACGAUUGGGCCGAAUUUAACGAGCACAUUGCGCAGCCCAUUAAGGGAGGCAGAGCCACCGCGGCAAUGAAGCGUCUCCAGGUCGUGCUCCGCUCUAUUAUGCUCCGGCGGACGAAGGAUACUCUCGUCAAUGGCAAACCGCUUCUGCAGCUGCCCGCGCGCUACGUCGAAACCAUCGACUGCGAAUUCGACGAGGACGAGCGGGCGUUCUACAACUCCGUCAAUGAGCGCGUGCAAGCCAGCCUGGCAGAAAUGCAAAGAAGCGGUGUCACGAAGAACUACACAAGCAUGCUUGUCCUGCUGCUCCGUAUGAGGCAGGCUUGCAAUCAUCCGUCCUUGGUGUCGGAGGACUACAAGAAGGACCAGGAGGCGGUUGAGCCUCAAGCUUCAAAGACUGCUGAUGAUGAGGACGAAGCUGAUGACCUCGUAGACCGCCUUGCCGGAAUGGGGCUUUCCGCGACCAAUCGUUGCCAGCUGUGUCAGAAAGAACUAGUCCCCUCGGACAAGGGCAAAACGUGCGCGGACUGUGCUUUGUUGGUUGUCGAGACUCAGAGCAAGAGCGCGGAUUCCGACCUUCCGCCCGAUUCGGCCAAAACUCGCAAGAUCAUGGAGAUCUUGAGGGAGAUUGAUGAUCGUUCGAAAGGUGUUGAGAAGACCAUUAUCUUUUCGCAGUUUACGUCCAUGCUUGAUCUCAUUGAGCCGUUUCUCCGCGCCGAGAAAAUUCGUUUCGUCCGAUACGAUGGCAAAAUGAGUAAGGUUCACAGAGACGAAUCGUUGAAGAAAAUCAAUGAGAGUAGCGAGACUCGGGUCAUUUUGAUUUCCUUCAAGGCUGGAAGCACAGGUCUGAACCUUACAUGCUGCAACAACGUCAUCCUUGUAGAUUUAUGGUGGAACCCUGCUCUCGAGGAUCAAGCCUUCGACCGCGCCCAUCGUCUGGGCCAGACGCGAAAAGUAAACAUCAAGAAGCUUUGUGUCCCAGACACCGUGGAGCAGCGCAUCCUAGAACUGCAAGAAAAGAAAAGAGCACUCGCUCACGCUGCCUUGUCUGGAGACAAACUGAAGAAUAUGCGGCUUGGCGUGGAUGACCUGGUUGCGCUCUUCCGGCCGGGGGUGGGUGAUGACGACGACUAG